AUUGUGAUUCUUCAGAGAGAGAGAGAGAGAGAUAGAGAGAGAGAGAGCUCAGUUGGUCUUUGCGUUUGGUGGUCUAUAUAUUCCAAUACUAUGUUCACGGUAGGUAUUUCUUAUACUAUUUGCACUACAAUAAUUUAGGAUCUGAAAGAGACCAGCAAGACGAGAGAGAGGUUGGCUCUUAGUCUCUAUUGAAGAACUAGUACAAAAGAUUAUUCAUGGCUUUGUUCUUCACGAUGUUUGGCUGAGACUUCUAUACACAUACAUACAUAUUUUAUAUGUAUAUAUACAUAUAAUGUCCAUGCUUGAGAAGUCGGCAGCUGAAUGUGCAACAAAAAAGGGGAUGAAUGAACACAACAAAAAUCUGAGCUCUGCACAAAAAACCCUUUUCUUCUCUCGUUUUUUAAUGGCCGAAGAUCUCUGUUUUUUUCAUAAGGAUACUCUCAUCAUAAAGACUCCCAAGAAAUCUCCAGUAUUGCUAAGGUUGAUAGUUUUAGUAAUCACAAUGGUAUGCGGUGUUUAUAUCUGCUCAAUCUGUGUAAAACAAUCAGAAACCCACACCGAGACUGAAUUUGCUAACAUCGAAGUCAUCGAGAGGCCUUGUUGUGAAUAUGGCAUCGAUAAAUCCCAAAUUCCCUACUUGCAUUACCCAAAACCCAAAACCUUUAACAGGGCUGAAUGUGCUUGUAAUCCCGUACGAUUCUUUGUCAUUAUCUCAAUGCAGAGAUCUGGGAGUGGAUGGUUUGAAACGCUACUAAAUAGUCAUAUUAAUGUGAGUUCCAAUGGAGAGAUAUUUUUGGUUAACAAUAGGUGGGAUAAUAUAUCUUCUAUUGUGGAGAAUUUGGAUCGAGUUUACAAUUUGGACUGGUUUACCAGUGCCUCGAAGAAUCAUUGCUCGGCUGCAGUUGGCUUCAAAUGGAUGCUUAAUCAGGGACUGAUGGAACACCAUAAUGAAAUUGUGGAGUACUUCAACAGUAGAGGUGUUUCUGCAAUAUUCCUGUUCCGAAAAAAUCUAUUGCGUCGGAUGGUUUCCAUGCUUGCAAAUUCUUAUGAUCAACAUGCUAAGCUAUUGAAUGGAACCCACAAAUCUCAUGUGCACUCACCAGAAGAGGCAGAAACAUUGUCAAAAUACAAGCCAACAAUUAAUUCCACAUCACUGACCCGUGAUCUGAAGGAAAUGGAGGUGACAGCCACCAAGGCUUUGGAAUACUUUCACAGCACCUGGCACAUGGUUUUGUACUAUGAAGACCUAAUCAGGAACCGCACUAAACUAGUGGAGGUUCAAGAGUUUUUGAGGUUGCCGGUGAUGAACUUAACGAGCCGUCAGGUUAAGAUACACAAAGGGCCAUUGUCAGAACACAUUAAGAAUUGGGACGAUGUCAACAACACGCUCAGAGGGACAGCUUACGAGACCUUCCUUCGUGCUGACUAUUAAUUAUAGUUCGUCGCUAACUUGUGGGAUGGUUUAAACAACUUCCAACUAAUUCUUGUUAUAGAAGAUUGACACAAACGCUGAUCAGUUCAAGAUUUUUUGCUGUGGCUUUGGAGAGGGAUGAUGCUGGUAUAUAUUUGUUUCUUUCAGCUAAGAGUCAGUGUAAUCCUAUCUUUUCUUUUCUUCUUCUCUCUCUUUUCUUAUUGAUCAUAUAGAAACACGUAUAUUUAGGCCUGGUAUGGGAACAGACUAUGUUAAUAAUUUUUUAGUUUUUUAUGAAAAAAUAUGUAAAAAAUUAGAAAGAGUCAUGCAACAAAUUAUAGUUCACAUUUGUUUUGGUAAAAAUCCAAGUUAUUCUUGGAAAACAUAGAAAAGCAAUUUAAAGCUUGUUCA